AUGGCGCUCGUCAAUGUUGUCAAUAUGGUCGUGUUGGAUAAUCCAACGACCUUUAACAAUCCCUUCCAAUUCGAAAUCACGUUUGAGUGUCUUCAGGAGCUAGAAGACGAUUUGGAAUGGAAAGUGCUCUAUGUCGGAUCUGCCCACGACACCUCCAAGGAUCAGACACUCGAUGAAAUCCUCGUGGGACCCAUUCCCGUUGGCGUCAACAAGUUUGUCUUACAAGCCGACGCCCCUGAUCCUGGGCAAUUGCCGCCAGAUGAAAUCAUUGGUGUCACGGUCGUCUUGGUAACCUGCAGCUAUCGAGAAAAAGAAUUCCUUCGGGUGGGAUACUAUGUCAACAAUGAAUAUCUCCAUCCCGAUGGACCCCCACCCGUCAAAAUGGGAGAAGACGGACAACCCUUGCCGCCCCCGCCACCUCCCAAAUACCCCCAGCUAGACCUCACUCAUGUCCAACGGCAAAUACUAGCCGACAAACCUCGAGUCACCAAGUUUGCCAUUCCGUGGACCGACGAAGAAGCCGCCAAGCAAGCCGAACAAAAGAAAAAGGACGACGAACAAGCAGCUGCCAAUGCGGAUCCCAAUGAUACGACCAUGGCGCUAGAGAGUCCCACCAAAGAGGCACCCGGUACUCCACAAGGCGGUACUCCACAAGGCGGAACGCCGCCGUUGGAAGAGGAAGAAUCACCAAUGGGGAAAAUGAUGAUGGCGUCUCCCGGGCGAGAGGCCACCACGACAAAUGAAACCGCGGCACCCAUGGAUAUGUAA